CAGGUAUUUAGAACAAGUGGAAGCGCUUUUCCGGCUCAAUCGCCAUUAACAGUUGCCGUGCAUUCCAACCCGGAACCCCCCUCAAUCAACCGGCCAUAUUUUGAGGUAUCUGCGUGCAGCGUGCAAAUCUGUGAACUGCUACCUAUUUAGCCCAUCGCCGCCUGUAACCCGCGCGGAAGCCAUUAUUUCGCGCAACACCAGCACAGCUGCCCCAGCACCAACAAACUCAAAUUUGGCACAUCGUGAUGGCAGACCAAUUGAGAUACGACGGCCAGGUCGUCGUCGUCACAGGCGCGGGCGGUGGCCUCGGCAAGGCCUAUGCCACCUUUUUUGCCUCGCGCGGAGCCAGUGUCGUCGUCAACGACCUCGGCGGAUCGUUCAAGGGCGAGGGCGCCUCUAGCAAGGCUGCCGAUGUUGUCGUUGACGAGAUCAAGACCGCAGGCGGCAAGGCAGUUGCUAACUACAACAGCGUCGAGGAUGGCGACAAGAUCAUCGAGACGGCCAUCAAGAGCUUUGGCCGCAUUGACAUCCUCAUCAACAACGCCGGCAUCCUGCGCGAUGUCAGCUUCAAGAACAUGAAGGACGCAGACUGGGACCUCAUCUUUAAGGUCCACGUCCAGGGUAGCUACAAGUGCGCCCGCGCCGCCUGGCCGCACUUCCGCAAGCAAAAGUACGGCCGUGUCAUCAACACGGCUUCGGCCGCCGGCCUCUUCGGCAACUUCGGCCAAGCCAACUACUCGGCUGCAAAGCUCGCUAUGGUUGGCUUCACCGAGACCCUGGCCAAGGAGGGCGCCAAGUACAACAUCAUCUCCAACGUCAUCGCCCCCAUCGCUGCCAGCCGCAUGACCGAGACCGUCAUGCCCCCUGACCUCCUCGCCCUCAUGAGGCCCGAGUGGGUUGUGCCUCUUGUGGCUGUAUUGGUCCACAAGAACAACACGAGCGAGAGCGGCUCCAUCUUCGAGGUCGGCGGCGGCCACAUCGCCAAGUUGCGCUGGGAGCGGUCCAGCGGCCAGCUCCUCAAGUGCGACGACAGCUACACCCCGGGCGCCAUCAUCAAGAAGUGGGACCAAGUCAUCGACUUCUCCAACCCCCAGUACCCCAGCGGGCCCAACGAUUUCCUGUCGCUCCUCGAGGACUCGAUGAAGAUGGGCCCCAACGACAAGGGCGAGAAGCUCGACUUCACCGGCCGCGUUGCCCUCGUCACCGGAGGCGGUGCUGGCAUUGGCCGCGCAUAUUGCUUGGCCUUUGCCAGGCAUGGCGCCGACGUGGUUGUCAAUGACCUCGUGAACCCCGACGACGUGGUCAAUGAGAUCAAGAAGAUGGGCCGCAAGGCCGUCGGUGCCAAGUUCUCGGCCGAGGACGGCGACGCGGUCGUCAAGGCUGCCAUUGACGCCUUUGGCCGUGUCGAUAUCGUCGUGAACAACGCCGGAAUCCUCAGGGACAAGGCUUUCAACAACAUGGACGACAGCCUCUGGGACCCCGUCAUGAAUGUCCACGCUCGCGGAACCUACAAGGUCACCAAGGCUGCGUGGCCAUACUUCCUGAAGCAGAAGUACGGCCGUGUUAUCAACACUACCUCGACCAGCGGCAUCUACGGCAACUUUGGUCAAGCCAACUACUCUGCGGCGAAAUGCGCCAUUCUGGGCUUUAGCCGAGCUCUUGCCCUCGAGGGUUUCAAGUACAACAUUUUCGUUAACACCAUUGCCCCCAACGCCGGCACAGCCAUGACCAAGACAAUCCUGCCCGAGGAGCUCGUCCAGGCCUUCAAGCCUGAGUACAUUGCGCCCUUGAUCCUGGCUCUCUCCAGCGACAAGGUUCCCAAGAACCCCACCGGCGCCUUGUACGAGGUUGGCAGCGGCUGGGUUGGUCAGACAAGAUGGCAGCGGACGGGUGGUCACGGCUUCCCCGUCGACGUGCCGCUCACGCCCGAGGCGGUCGUCAAGCACUGGAAGGACAUUGUUACCUUUGACAGCCGCGCCGACCACCCCGAGAAGACCCAAGACAGCCUGCAGAAGAUCAUGGCCAACAUGGAGAACCGGAGUGAUGGAAAGAGUGAAUCAUCUAGCAAUCAAUAUCUCGAGGCCAUCCAAAAGGCUCUCAAAGCGGAAGCCGUAGGCACUGAGUUCAAGUACACCGAACGCGACGUUAUGCUCUACAACCUCGGCAUUGGGGCGAAGCGCAAUGACUUGAGAUACGUUUUCGAGGGCAGCGAUGACUUUCAAGUCCUCCCGACCUUUGGAGUGAUCCCCCCCUUCGACGCCGAGCUUCCCUACAGCCUAGAGGAGCUCGUACCAAACUUCAAUCCCAUGAUGCUGUUGCACGGGGAGCAAUAUCUUGAGGUGAAAAAGUACCCAAUCCCCACGUCCGGUCGCCUUAUCUCCAAGGGUAAGCUGCUUGAGGUGGUGGACAAGGGCAACGCGGCCGUGGUCAAGAGCGGCAUCACCACUACCAACGCCGAGACGGGCGAGGAGAUCUUCUACAACGAGAUGACAGUGUUCCUCCGCGGCUGUGGCGGCUUUGGCGGCCAGAAGAAGCCUGCCGACCGCGGCGCCAGCACCGCUGCCAACAAGCCACCAAACCGGAUGCCUGACGUUGUGGUCGAGGAGAAGACCACCGAGGAGCAGGCGGCCCUGUACCGUCUGAGCGGCGACUACAACCCCCUCCACGUCGACCCUAACUUCGCCAAGAUGGGCGGUUUCAAGCAGCCCAUUCUGCACGGGUUGUGCUUCUUCGGCAUUGCCGGCAAGGUCGUUUAUGAAAAAUUCGGCCCGGUCAAGAACAUCAAGGUGCGCUUCGCUGGCACCGUCAACCCCGGCCAGACUCUCGUCACCGAGAUGUGGAAGGAGGAAAACAAGGUAAUCUUCCAGACCAAGGUCAAGGAGACGGGCAAGCUGGCAAUUGGUGGCGCUGCGGCUGAGCUGGCCCAGGGCAGCAGUGGCAAGCUGUAAAAAUCUUUUCUUUUUUCACUGUCUCCUGUCCCUCGUAUUUUGAAUAUAUAUCUAGAAGCGGAAAGCGUUGACCUCUUUGGAAUGAUGGGAAUCUUUUCUUUUUUUAUCUGCAUUGUAACUGAACUGUAUAUAGCAUACACCUGGUUUUACUACACAAGACAAAAGUAACCUAGCUUUGCACGUCCCGUUCUUCACGGAGAGAAUGCAACACUAAGAGGCUAGUUGUUGCGAACUCCAUGAUAGAGCUGCACACUCACAGCAUGUGCGUGUUACAGGCAGGUACUUUCUAGGUUUCUGAAAGCAGCUGCCAACUUUUGAUU